AUGGGCGAGCGAGAGCCACAAGAAGUUCCUAACAUCAAUGCCCCAGAGGCAGCUACAUUUCCAGUGCUGCAAGGGAAAGUCGCCGUCGUGACGGGGGCGGCGAUGGGAAUGGGGAAGGCAACAGCUUUGGUGUUUUCAAAAGCUGGUGCAAGUGUAGUUCUUGCCGACAUCAAUGAGACAUUGGGCCAAAAGGCUGCCGACGAGAUCAAUCAAGGAGGCGGCAAGGCGUAUUUUGUCAAGACAGACGUGUCCAACUCGGACUCGGUCAGGGAUUUAGUCGCCGAAACAGUGGCCAAGUUCGGGAAACUCGAUGUGGCCGUCAAUAAUGCUGCGAUGAUACCGGACAAGACCCCAACGGCGGAGUUCGACGAGGAAUACUUUGAUAGAGUCAUCGCUGUCAAUCUGAAAGGCCCGGCGCUCUGCAUGAAGUGGGAGUUGCAACAACUUCUCAAGCAGGGUUACGGGGGGUCAAUCAUCAACAUUGCAUCCAUCAAUGCAUUCAAGCCGCAGUACAACAUGCCUGCCUAUACGGCGUCGAAGCAUGCCGUUGUAGGCCUGACCAAGACGGCAGCGCUAGAGUACGGAGACAAGGGGAUCCGAGUCAACACCAUUGCUCCAGGAGCCAUCUUGACCGAGAUGUCAGCCGCCAGUUUGCAAUCUAUUGGCACCACCCACGAGGCCUUUUCGGACCUAAGUUACCUGAAGCGGUGGGCGGCUCCCCACGAAGUGGCCCAAGGUUCCUUGUGGCUGGCAUCGGACGCGGCAUCAUAUGUGACAGGAAUCACCCUUCCCGUUUGCGGGGGAUACUCUACUCGAUGA